AUGGGUGAUCAAAUGACAUCCAUAGCGUUAGCGUACUGUGUUGGAUUAUCAACUGCGCAUUCUGUGAUUCCAGAAACAUGUGAAAUAAUUUCAAAUGCAUUGGGUACUAAAUACCUUAAGAUACCAACAUUAAACGAAUGGAAAAACAUAAGCACAGGAUACUGGCAAAAUUGGAAUUUUCCGAACACAAUAGGAGCGAUAGAUGGUAAACAUAUCCAAAUACAAGCACCACCAAAGUCUGGAAGUCUCUAUUUCAAUUAUAAAAAAACGUUUAGUGUAGUGCUUAUGGCCAUGUGUGACUACGAGUAUAAGUUCACUUUAGUUGAUGUGGGUGCUUUUGGCAGUGAUUGUGAUGCUGGAGUAUUAUCUAAAUCGAUAUUUGGAAAAGCACUAUAUGAUAGAACACUCAAUAUAUCACAUGAAACUAGAAAAUUACCUCAAUCUAAAGUAGAAUUGCCUUAUUUUGUCGAUGGUGACGAAGCUUUCCAAUUGCAUAAAAAUGUAAUGCGUCCAUAUCCCGGUAGAUUUUUAAGCAAUGAUAAAA